AUGCGGCUCGUCUCUCUCAUUCACUUCACCACCUACCUACCUGCUUCGAUCAAGAUGACGACCAAGCCCGCGUGUGUGUUCUUAUGCUCGGUGGCCGUUCUGCUCCUGCUCAUCGGAGCUCCGACGGCAGUGGAGUCGGUGACGUGUGACCCGUCGCAGCUGUUUCCCUGCGCCGGCUCAAUCAAAGGCUCGAGUCCUCCGUCCAGCCAAUGCUGCGCAGCGCUCAGGUCUCAGAGCCCCUGCUUCUGCCAGUACAUGAAGGACCCCAAGUUGGCUCCCUUCAUCAGCCGAGCCCGGCAGGUGGCCGCCAUCUGCAGAGUGUCCCUUCCGAGCUGCAAGUAG